CUCUUCUGCCGCCUGCGGGGCGGGCGGCGCGGCGGUGACAGCGCGGCGGCGGCGGCGAGGCCGGGGGAGCGGGAGCGCCGCCGCCGAAGACCAUGAGGAAAUUUAACAUCAGGAAGGUGCUGGACGGCCUGACGGCGGUCUCCGCCGUCGCCUCGGCGUCGUCCGCCGCGCAGCAACAGCAGGCGGGGAACCGGGAGACGGAAAUCCAGGAGACGCUCCAGUCCGAGCACUUCCAGCUCUGCAAGACCGUACGCCAUGGUUUCCCCUAUCAACCUUCAGCCUUGGCAUUUGAUCCGGUUCAGAAAAUACUGGCCAUUGGGACUCAGAGUGGCGCACUAAGGCUCUUUGGUCGGCCAGGAGUUGAAUGCUACUGCCAACAUGAUAGUGGAGCUGCAGUAAUCCAGCUUCAGUUCCUGAUUAAUGAGGGAGCUCUUGUGAGUGCCUUGGCUGAUGAUACCUUACACCUGUGGAACUUGCGUCAGAAGAGACCUGCUAUACUUCAUUCACUCAAAUUCAACCGAGAACGGAUAACAUUUUGUCAUCUGCCUUUCCAAAGCAAGUGGCUAUAUGUGGGGACCGAAAGAGGAAACAUUCACAUUGUCAAUGUGGAAUCAUUUACUCUCUCAGGCUAUGUCAUCAUGUGGAAUAAAGCCAUUGAACUUUCGUCCAAAUCUCACCCAGGACCUAUUGUCCAUAUUAGUGACAAUCCAAUGGAUGAAGGAAAGCUUCUGAUUGGCUUUGAAUCUGGAACGGUGGUAUUGUGGGACCUGAAGUCAAAGAAGGCAGAUUACAGAUACACACAUGAUGAGGCUAUCCACUCUGUGGCUUGGCAUCAUGAAGGAAAACAAUUUAUUUGUAGUCACUCAGAUGGUACCUUGACCAUAUGGAAUGUAAAAUCUCCUACCAAACCAUUCCAGACAAUCACUCCACAUGGAAAGCAGCUGAAGGAUGGAAAGAAGCCAGAACCCUGCAAACCUAUCCUUAAGGUGGAAUAUAAAACAACUAGGGCUGGGGAGCCUUUCAUCAUUCUCUCAGGAGGCUUGUCAUAUGACACUGUAGGAAGAAGACCCUGUUUAACAGUUAUGCAUGGAAAAAGUACUGCUGUGCUAGAAAUGGAUUAUUCUAUUGUUGAUUUCCUAACCCUCUGUGAAACACCAUAUCCUAAUGACUUUCAGGAACCAUAUGCUGUAGUUGUUCUCCUAGAAAAGGACUUAGUACUCAUUGACCUUGCACAAAAUGGGUAUCCUAUAUUUGAGAAUCCGUAUCCUUUGACUAUACAUGAAUCUCCAGUUACUUGUUGUGAAUAUUUUGCUGAUUGUCCUGUGGACCUCAUACCUGCACUCUAUUCAGUUGGUGCUCGACAGAAACGUCAAGGUUACAGUAAGAAGGAAUGGCCUAUCAGUGGAGGCAACUGGGGUUUGAUCACUCAGAGCUAUCCAGAGAUAAUUAUUACAGGGCAUGCUGAUGGGUCGAUCAAGUUUUGGGAUGCCUCAGCAAUAACGCUGCAAGUACUCUAUAAGUUAAAAACAGCCAAAGUAUUUGAAAAAUCACGGAAUAAAGAUGACAGGCCAAACACAGAUAUAGUAGAUGAAGAUCCAUAUGCUAUUCAGAUCAUCUCGUGGUGUCCAGAAAGUAGAAUGCUGUGCAUAGCUGGAGUUUCUGCACAUGUCAUUAUUUACAGGUUCAGCAAGCAGGAAGUGACAACAGAAGUCAUUCCGAUGCUGGAAGUACGUCUGCUAUAUGAAAUAAAUGAUAUUGAAACUCCAGAUGGUGAGCAGGUGCCACCUUCAUCAACUCCAGGCACAGGUUCCAAUCCUCAAUCCAUCGUUCCCCAGUCUCACCCAUCUACUAGUAGCAGUUCAUCUGAUGGACUUCGUGAUAAUGUCCCGUGUUUAAAAGUUAAAAAUUCUCCUCUCAAGCAGUCUCCAGGCUACCAAACUGAGCUAGUUAUCCAGCUAGUGUGGGUGAGUGGAGAACCUCCUCAACAGAUAACCAGCUUAGCAGUCAACUCAGCAUACGGCCUAGUAGUUUUUGGAAACUGUAACGGUAUUGCCAUGGUUGAUUACCUCCAGAAGACAGUGCUCUUGAAUCUAGGCACUAUUGAACUGUAUGGCUCCAAUGAUCCUUAUCGCAGGGAGCCACGAUCUCCACGAAAAACUCGGCAACCAUCUGGAGCAGGUCUUUGUGAUAUUAAUGAAGGUACAGUGGUGCCAGAAGACCGGUGCAAGUCGCCGACAUCAGGUUCUGGUUCACCAAACAAUUCUGAUGAUGAACAAAAAAUGAAUAAUUUUAUAGAAAAGGUGAAGACCAAAAGCAGAAAGUUUUCCAAGAUGGUAACCAAUGACAUAGCAAAGAUGUCCAGGAAGCUAAGUUUGCCAACUGAGUUAAAGCCUGAUUUAGAUGUCAAAGACAACUCUUUCAGUCGAUCCCGGAGUUCUAGUGUAACUAGCAUUGAUAAAGAGUCACGCGAGGCAAUUUCAGCUCUUCAUUUUUGUGAGACUUUCACAAGAAAGGCUGAUACAUCACCUUCCCCAUGCCUGUGGGUUGGGACCACACUGGGCACAGUGCUUGUCAUUGUACUGAACUUACCUCCAGGAGGAGAGCAAAGACUUCUACAGCCAGUAAUUGUUUCUCCUAGUGGAACCAUCCUGAGGCUAAAAGGGGCUAUCUUGAGAAUGGCUUUUUUGGAUACCACAGGAUCUUUGGUCCCACCAGCACAUGAACCCUGGAGAGAAUACAAUGUUCCUGAAGAUAAAGAUGAAAAAGAAAAAGCGAAAAAACGACGACCUGUCUCAGUGUCCCCUUCUUCCUCUCAGGAAAUCAGUGAAAACCAAUAUGCAGUGAUAUGUUCAGAAAAGCAAGCAAAAGUUAUCUCACUGCCAUCCCAGAACUGUACUUAUAAGCAAAAUAUAACAGAGACUUCUUUUGUUCUUCGUGGAGACAUAGUGUCAUUGAGUAACAGUAUCUGCCUUGCAUGUUUCUGUGCCAAUGGGCAUAUUAUGACUUUUAGUUUGCCAAGUUUAAGGCCACUGUUGGAUGUAUAUUACCUGCCACUCACCAAUAUGCGGAUAGCCAGAACAUUCUGCUUCACCAAUAAUGGACAAGCACUCUAUCUGGUCUCACCAACUGAAAUACAGAGGCUCACCUACAGCCAAGAAACAUGUGAAAAUCUUCAGGAAAUGUUGGGUGAGCUCUUCACUCCUGUAGAAACACCAGAAGCACCAAACAGAGGGUUCUUUAAAGGCCUGUUUGGAGGUGGGGCACAGUCACUUGACAGAGAAGAACUGUUUGGAGAAUCAGCAUCUGGGAAGGCAUCAAGGAGUCUUGCCCAGCAUAUUCCAGGACCUGGAGGUAUUGAAGGUGUCAAAGGAGCAGCAUCUGGUGUAGUUGGUGAACUAGCACGAGCCCGGUUGGCAUUAGAUGAAAGAGGACAGAAACUAGGAGAACUGGAAGAAAAGACUGCAGCUAUGCUUUACAGUGCUGAUUCUUUCUCAAAACACGCUCAUGAGAUGAUGUUGAAGUACAAAGACAAGAAGUGGUACCAAUUCUGAUGACGCUCAUCAAUUACAUCUGUUUAAUUUUGUCCUGAUGAAAAAAAAAUCUUGUUUUUUCAUUAAUUUUGGCAGGACCACUGAAAUUUAAAGGAGUAUUCACCAUUGGAUACUGUUGUUUCCUAGCACAAAUGACACACUGUUUUACCUCAGUCGUGGCUUUAACUGAGGAGCUUUAUAUCUAAGAAACACACACACAAAACAAACUUGAGUGUUUCUUAGCUGUUGGUUAGAAGAAAGUUGGAACUGAGAAAGUAACUAGAAGAUGUGGAAAAGAAAGUAAAGGGAAAACAUAGUGUGAGAUGGGCAGGGGCAAUGCAGGGUCAAUCCUGUGUUAAUAUUUCAUAUGCCAAAAGUUUUUGUGCUAUUGUAAUUGCUGUCAGUGUUAUACCCUCCUGUGAGGAGAGGCAAUAAAUCAGGGGUCCAAGAGCUGGAAUCAAGUGAUUUUUCUUGCUGGACAGUACGUGACUUACACUUACCAUCUCUAGGACUCACUAUAUUUACCAUUAUCAUUGAAGAAGAGUUGAAGUUUGCUGUCACUUCUUUCAUCGGAGAAGCUGGAAGCAUGGGAGAUUCCUUCUUGAAAACUGUACACAUAGUUGACCUGUGCAUAGUCUUUUCUUGGACCCCUGAUCUAGUAUUCUUGUAUUCACAUCAUAUUCUGUGAAGUGCAAAACAAAAGAAAACAUAAUUUUUGCAUUAAAAAAGUCAAGUGAAUAAUAUGACUGGAA